AUUGAAAGAGAAUAAACAGGAACUUAACAACCACAAAAUUAGUAUUUUUGGCUCUCCAAUCUCUUGAUCUGUCAGAGAACAGUCACGGACAGACGCACGAACACCACCAGACCAGUAGCCAUGUCUUCCUCUUCUAUCACUGCCACCACCACCAUAACAAUUCAAAACUCUGAGCCAUCAACCUCUUCAUCUCAGAACCAACAACAGCAACCUGAAGAAGUACUUUUCCUCCCCCUCAAUCGCAAGAAGAAAAAGGUUAGUUGGAAAGAGGGCACCGUAGACAAUGAGUUUAUGCAGAAGAAGAGUUCCAAGAAAUGCUGUAUCUUCCAUAAAGAGAGGCCCUUUGAUGAAGAUGACAGCGAUGAAGAUGAACAUCACUCUGACAAAUGCCCUCACGAUAGUGGGUUAUGCUUUAAGAAUCAUGAUGAAGCUGGCCCAAGUAGCUAGAGAAUUGAUUCAGCUGAGCGGUGAUUAAUGAAAGCUAAAGAAUAUAUUUGUAGAGUAACUGGUGACAUCGUUGAACUUAGCUUUGCAACUCAAUAAUUAUUUAAUUUCGGUUGCUAUUAUAAGAUUACGACAUUGAAACUAGAGGAUGUUCAGUUUAAGUUUGAGUGCCACAAAUAAUUGCCUACUUUAGUAGUGAAAGAGUUUCACUAGUUUUUGUCACAAUUCCUGUGUUUAAAGAAUGAGGGGUCUUUUCGAGAAGAAAA